GGUUUUGUUGUUGUUUAUUCAAUUUGGUUUAUUUAACUAUAUGAUAGGUUGGCAAAUAGAAAGCUAACUAACCGGUGAAAAUUCCCAUUUUGUUGACAGGGAGCGCAGAGGAAAAGGCAACCAGGCGUCCGACAAUAUAAUCCCUAUCCACGCUCCAGUAAAUUGACGAACAGAAACCUCAACAUGCAAUUGACGUGGCAGAGAGAUCAGAUAAAUCUAAUACUUCCUAUAGCAGUGAUUUGUUGUUGCCUAUUAAUCAACGUAACCACCGCUCAAGAAGCUCAACAGCCAUGGUACGAAAAUCUGCCAGCGGUGGCUAUGGACUACAAGGUUCAUAUAGAUGCUGGCAAGGAGGACUGCUACCAUCAGUACGUUAAGGCAGGAGCAACCUUCUACGUGUCUUUCAGUGUAAUCCGUGGAGGCGAUGGCAUGGCUGGUUUCGCCGUUCGCAAUCCUGCUGGUGAAGUUGUGAAGCCCUACCAAUGGCAGGCUACUGCAGAUUACACGGACCAAGUCUCGCCGGGAGGCUACUACUCUGUGUGCAUCGACAACCAGUUUUCCCGAUUCGCCGGCAAGCUGGUCAACAUCUAUAUCACGGUGGUUAAGUACGAUGCCUGGGAUAGAUACGCAAAGGAGAUCGAACAGCUGCAGUUGAACUUGCAAAACUUCACAUCCACCAUAAGCACUGUGGAGCGCAAUAUCAACGAUAUGAUGGGUUACCAGGCGCACAGUAGACAUCGCGAAUCGCGCGAUUAUGCUUUGCUGGUGGAUAAUAAUUCCUAUAUCCAAACCUUUUCGAUUAGCCAAAUUGUGGUCAUAUUGAUCACGUGCUCUAUACAGGUGUUCUUUGUGCGCAAACUAUUCGAAGUCAAGUCGGGCUCCAAAAGUCGCAUUUAAACUUGCCAAGUAUUUCUCAAAAACUUCGCAGCUUCGUUUUUAAAAUUCCAUCCGCAUUUUCCAGACAUUCAUUUCUCUUGCUGAAUCCUUUUCGCGUUUUUGUAACUUAUUUUACCACUGGCUAAACUGAUCAAGUGCAACUAACAGACUUUUUUCAUAAUUGCGACUACUUAAGUCAUACGAGUUGUAGACAGCAAAACUUAUUGUGAUAAGUGUACAUUUGUGUGUUUUGUUCAAUUAAAAUAUUGACGAGUUUUGUA